CGGGAGGAGGAGCUUGUGGGGCGUGGGGUUACAGACAAAGAAGACAAAUGCACACUAACAGCACAUACGACUGGAGCAAAAACGGGACAGCUGGAAUCAAUCUUCAAUUCCUCGGACUACUUUUCCCCCCCUCACUAACAAACUUGUCAAAAAAAGUGGGAGUUGGUGUGAAUCCAUAGGCUUGCUGACAUAUGUUGCCUUAACCGUGUGGUAAAGUGUGUGUGUGUGUGUGUGUUAGCAUGUUUGGGAUGGCAAAGUGGGGCUGGCUCGACCAACAGCUCCGCUCUUAGCUUUGCGCCAUGGGGGGUUGCCAUAGUUACCCCACGGAGACCAAAGCAGACGGCAAAGCUCCUCCCGACGUCAAAAAUGACAAACUAGGGAUUAACAACAAUAACCUGGAGGAGCGUCCGUACCUCCAGCAGGAGUACGUGUGCCAGCACAUCACUCACUUGGACAUGUGCGCCCUCACGGCGCUGCCGCCUGGCAUGGACAAGGCCGAGUGGCUGGCCAGCAACACUGUGGCAUUUUUCAAACACAUAAACCUGUUCUCCAGCGCGCUGUCCGAGUUCUGCACGCCCAGCACCUGCCCGACUGCCUGUGGACCAGGCGACACGUGCAUGUCUUUGGAGGUUGGAGGAAGCCAAAGUAGUCAGAGAGAACCCACACAGUCACGGGGAGAACAUGCAAACUCCACACACAAAGACCCAUUGUCCGGGAAUCCAACCCAGGACCUUCUCACUGACCUACUAACUGAUGAAGAUGUGUUCCCUACAAAAGCAGGCUCAGUGUUCCCCACAGGCUUCAUCUUUCUGGUCCAGAAGGUGUUUUUGCUGCUGUUCAGGACUCUGGCCCACAUUUACUGGUCUCACUACCGACAGACGCUGGCACUGGGCCUCCACCCACACCUCAACACACUUUUCACACACCUGGCCCUCUUCUGCCGGCAGCACGCGCUCCUGGAUGCGGAGGACACGGAGCCGCUGCGGGACCUCAUUAAGGCUCUGGGACUGCAAGGAUGAGACAGGAAACUUUGGCCGGUUACAGCUGGAUAAGAAGUUUUGGGAAAUCUUCACCAAUAUCAGGCUUCGGUCGUGUAUAGAUUGUUAUUUUUAAUGACUUUGUCAUAAAUUGUGUAUUUUUUACCAUGACAAUGUAUGUUCUGAUACAGACAUUGCUGGUCCUUUUAAGUAUUCUACAUUUGUAUUUAAAACACCCAUAAUCUUCUGGUGGCCACCUCUCAACUGACAUACCUGGUGGUCCAAUAGCAAGUAUUAACUGUGCCAUCAUCUAUAACCACCAUGGGUAUGACAACAUUAAGACUGCAUGAUUACAAUCUCCUCUCAACUAUUAUAUAUGAAACUACUCAACUUGUGUGUACUCUGUGCCAGAAACUUGUGCCUGGAAAAUAAAAGUGUCAAAAUGUUACAGAUGAUAUGAUGCAUCAGAAAACUUUGUUGUACAGGACCUGUUUAUAGUCCAAACUGACCUGCGACUCUUUUAUU